UGUCACUAUGGUGACUUCCGGUAGAAGGUGGCAUCGGCCAUUUAGAUCUUUUCCACCGUGAUACCGGGAUGACUGGUUUCAGUGAGAAGUCAAUAUUAAUAGAUGGCCGCGGCCAUCUAUUGGGGCGGUUGGCUGCUAUUAUUGCCAAAACUAUCCUGCAAGGCAAUAAAGUUAUCGUUGUACGCAGUGAACAAUUAAAUAUAAGUGGUAAUUUCUUCAGGAAUAAAUUGAAGUUUAUGUCUUUCUUGCGUAAGAGAUGUAACGUAAAUCCUGCACGAGGUCCAUUUCACUUCCGUGCACCUAGCAGGAUUUUCUGGAAAACAGUUCGUGGUAUGAUCCCACAUAAGACACAAAGAGGAAAAGAUGCUCUCAGGCGGUUGAAAGUUUACGAAGGAUGUCCAUCUCCUUAUGAUCGUAGAAAGCGCCUUGUUGUACCUGGUGCCAUGAGAGUGAUGUGCCUCAAACCAGGCAGGAAAUACUGUCAUGUGGGUAGACUGUCUCACGAAGUUGGGUGGAAAUACAAGGCUGUCGUUCGUACAUUGGAAAAUAAGAGACGUGUCAGAGCUAUCCUUGAAGUCCAAAAAAGGAAUGGACUUAAGAAACUCACAAAACAAGCGGGCGAAUCGGUUAGCAAAGCUACUGCACCAUAUACUGAAAUCAUUAAUAACUUUGGAUACAAUUAAUCUAAAUGUUGUAAAAACAAUAAAGUCUUUUAAACAUCCUAAU